GAUCAAUAACCAAUGUUAUCUUUUAUCUGUCUGAUAACGAUGUUUUUAACGCGUUAUCACAAUCCGCGAAUACAGUGUAGAGAGUAGGUGUUUGACAUCAUAAUAUUUGAGUCUGCAUUCGUAACAAACCAGCUGGAAAUAUUCGUCGUGAAGUACUAAUUUAUAUUGAUACAGGUGUAAAGCUACGUAACUAACGAUAAAAUUUGUGAAUAAGGUGAUGCACAUUAUUACCCAUCGGCGAUUUGGAAGAUUUUCUUGAAACAAAAUGGCAGAAAAAGGUGAACACUCAACCUUCUCGGAUGUCUAUCAGCCACAACCACCGCCACCAUCUUACCAACAAUCUCAAGAACCCUAUCGACAGGCCUCACAACCCGCCUACCAACAGGCCCCACAACCCGUCUACCAACAGGCCCCACAACCAGUCUACCACCAACCACAACCUGGUAUACCUCCGGGAAUGACAGUAGUGCACCCUUCGACUUUAACGGGUUAUUCGACCAAUGGUGUGACGGUGGUGAAUCAUACUCCUGGUAGUGGUACAGUGACAAUGGUACCAAUAGCUGGCACUACCGUUGUCUCAGCGGUGGUGGUACCAGCUAUAGGACCCAACCCCACUGCCAUUCAGUGCCGAUCUUGCCAGCAAAGAAUUGUCACAAGGGUGUCAUACACGCCUUCUAUCCGAACACAUUUGUCCGCUGGUAUAUUGUGUUUAUUUGGGUGCUGGCCUUGCGUCUUUCUCCCAUACUGCAUAGAUACCUGCAAGAAUGCUGACCACUACUGUCCAAACUGCAAUGCUUUCAUCGGGUCCUAUAUUUAAAAUGAGUAUCAUAAUAAUCAAUCCAUCAUUCAAUCAAUUAAGGGGCCAUCUAACUAGGACUUUGAAAACCUAAACUAAUACAGGUUAUUUAUACUCGGUGACCCAGAGUUUGACGUUCGAAAUGAAAAAUUAGAAGGAUUCAUUAGUUACCAGAAAAUCACUCCCAUAUAUAACCGCUGAAAAUAGCGAUUAUUUACAGUUUAGGAAAUACAAUAUGGCCAAUUUUCUACCUUUUUCAGGAUUUUCCACCUUACUCCAGAAAUCAUUGGGCCACCCUUUAUAUUAUAAAGUUAAUGCCUGAAAUCGUCGAAAGCUCGCGUGAUAUUGACAUAUCAAUCGAAUAUAUGCUUGUAUACUAUGCUAUCCUGUCCCUAUGGACACACACACAACAUGGCAAACACACACACACCUGUGUCCCUGAAAAGGUAGGCAGAGGUUGAGAAAGGUAUAUAGUACAUCCAUUCGUCGCUACCGAUGUUUAAACAUGUUAUUGGAUGCGAGCCUAUUUACAACUAAUACGCAAUAAUUUAAAUUAUACUUACAUCGCUGUUGUCUCGUCUUCAAGCUAUUUAAAAUUAUAUACUUAAUACAAAUUUGAAGAAUUGAACAGAGUUGAUUUAGGUGUAGAUAUUACUAAUUUCUCUUUUUCUUAGUUAAUUUUCAUUUAUUUGUAGUAAUUUACCGUCGGUCUUGUGUAGUUUCGGUUGUACGAGAUCUCAAAAAGCAAUAUUGUGAGAUUUUUCUUCACAACUGCCAUCAAGCCAAGGAAAUAUUGGCUCUUUUCCGGUUUCAUGACAUUACUAAUUAUUACUUAUUAUUUAUAAUAAAAUUUGGUUCAAUAUAAUACACCUA